CUUACUCGCUGCUUCCGCGAGGGGACGCGGAGGCGCGGUGCCUCCCGGCUCCCACGACGACGACGGCCGCCUUCUCUCCGUUUUAUCAUGGAUCCCAACAUAAAGCAGCUUCAAGAGGCUCUGGUUGACAUAGAAACAGACGCAGAACAACUUCUGCUGGCAAGGCAUCAGAUAGUGGAGAUUGAUAGGACGAGGAAUGCUAACAGGGAGGCCCUGACUGCCCUCCGAAAAAGAGCCAGGACAACUAAAACUAGCGUGCCAUCUCCAUUUGAGAUCAUAAUGAAAGAGAUGGAAGGAACCUCCGGCAAACAGCUAGUAAAGGAGAUAUGUCCAACUUGUGGAAACCAUGACCCCAAAGAACAUACUUGGUUAACGUUUCCGGGGUCUGAUAUUUUUUCUCGUGUUCCAUUUCAUGUAGCGCACACAGUUCUGGAUAAAGAUCAAGAACUUCUAGACUACGACACCAAGAAGCUGCAAAGCUUUGUCAAGGAGAAAUCAUUUGUGAUCUGCGAGAAAGGUGCCCUCGCGGACAAAAUCAGCCCAGGCAUCGUGAAAUCCCUCGUCAGUCUUACAGAUAAACCUAGUUAGGCACAUGUGACAAGGUCAGCGAAUCAUGUUCACAGUGCACAGGGACUCUGACAUGGCGUGAAAUGAAGCUUCUGCUGGGUUCACCAAUGUGUUUGUUAACGAGUCCAAUGUUUUACCUGCAUCUUGGUUUUGCUGUGCUGUGAGAUUACGCUGCUACUGAUGAGAAGAGUAGGCAAACUGGAGUCCUGAACCUGUACCUAUUUCAAAUGAGAAUCCAAGUAGUCUGGCUGCAAAUUCCAUGUGCGACAUUGCAAGUUGUGUUAAGAUGGGAUUUUUUUUCUUCUGUAUACUUAGUUCUGAACCGAACCUGUCUUCCCAUAUUCUAUCUAAGGUUUAAGCAGUUAA